AUGCCAUCAUUCGCGCAAAAGCAUCAGUUCAUUCUGCCGCAACCUGCGCAAACGGCAUCACUGGCGGGCCCGUCGUGCCCUCAAAAGAGGCGUCUGUCAAGCGUUGACGACUCACCUUCACCAGAUGCACUCAUCGCCACUGAGCAGCCCUUGAAGCGGGCCAAGCUGGAGAGCACCAACCUCGCCGUCUCUGACAUCCCUUCCAGUGUCGUCUCUGACGUACCAGCAUCCGCGUCUUUGCCUGUGCCUGUGCCUGCCGCUGUUCCAGCAGUGACUAACGACAUGGAGGACGCGCGCGACGCUAUCCAGUACCAAUUUGGUCUUGAGAUCUUGCUCAAGCACAAUGAGCUGAGGCUAAUCAACCAAGAACUGGCAAAAUGUCAGGUUGCUCUCGAGCAACUCCGUCGCUGCCAUCUCAUUCCGUAUCCUACUGCCUGUCCCACUCCUGCGCAGAUGUUGGAUAUCAGCAACGGAAAGGGUCCAGCUCUGCAAAACCGUCCGGGAGAGCCUGUCCCCCAAUGGGCUGCGCCUUUUGGAGUUGUCGAUGGACCUUACGCUCGACACUACGCCAAGUGGCUCAUCCCCGAUCCCAAGUUUGAUGGCAUGCAACCUGAGUGGUACCCAGUGCUUGAGACUGCCCGUAGCAGAAGCUCAGUUGAGGGACGAACGACAAGGAACAGCAUGUCUGAUCUCGCCAGCGCAAACAAGAACCGCUCGACUCGGGGUAUUGGCAGCCAGAAGCUGCAGUCUCUCUCCAGCGGCUACCCUCAGCCAAAGGAGAAGGCCGGGCCUUGUGUUCUCAAGCGCUCCGACGGCCAGACUGUGAAGCUCGUCUGCUUGGAUUGCAAUCGGGAGAACUUCAGCAGCACUCAGGGCUUCAUCAACCACUGCCGCAUCGCCCAUAGGCGAGACUUCAAGAGCCACGAAGAGGCGGCUGUUCAUUGCGGUCACCCCAUCGAGGUUAACGAAGGCGGCAGUCUCGUUGGAGAGGAAAAGGCUCCGCCUCCCCCAUCAACCGCCAUCGCGUCUGGUCUUGUCCAUCCUUUUGCCCAGACCGACAUGUCUACCCAACAGGCGUACGUUGCUUUGCGUUCUAGGAUCGCAGAUUCCCUCAAGUUGUAUCGUGAUGGCAAGCUGCCUGGCGUUACAAGCAUCCCUCAAAGUACUUCAAAGGCAGAGCCUGCGAGGUCCGCUGCGCCAAAGGCUGGAAACUUCGUCGCCUCGGCUGACACCCCCUUCCUUUCGCGACUCAUGCAGAGCAGAAACUUCACCGGCAACCUCAGUGACAUUGUCAGUGACGCCAAGGAGAAGAUGUCGCUUGAAGACCUCACAUCGCCAGGUGAGGAAUCGGAAGAUGCCGAGACUGGUCUCGGCAGCCCGAAGAGCAAUGCUGGAUCAGCUGCUCGUAUGCCUGCCAUGCGCAUGCCUGCGAGAGCACCAAUGUCACCCGUCACUCUGACUUCGUCGACAAGACCAACAAGCAGCAAGGGAAGGUCGCCUUCUACAGGCUUUGCUUCGCCUCCCAUGAGCAGUCCCGAGAAGGACGACGGACCCACCAGGGUAGUAAUACACUCUGGUGAGGAUGUUGACAUGGAGGACGUUGACCUCAGCCCCAGCACAAUGGUCAGCAACAACGCACCUUCGCUUGUCAGCGACGAUGGCGAAUAUGAUGACUCCGAUGACGGGUCGUCCGAAUCAGGUGUCAGUGACCGCAUGGAUGCCGAGUCGGUGUCUGACGUUGCUGAGAUCACACUUGAUGAGGAUCACGAUGGACGCCCUCUUGGUCAUCACAGGGAGUCUAGCGGAGUCGGUUCCGGUACUGCGAUGCGUCUCAAGAAGGAUGAGAACAAGCAUGUCACUUUCGUUAGCCCUGUCCACGACAGCGCGAAGCGAGCCCGAAAAGUUUAG